AUGGGCGCCACACACAAAUUUGACUUGACCUCCGAUGUUACCCACUUGAUCGUCGGCGAGACGAGUACUCCUAAGUACAAAUAUGUGGCUAGAGAACGAAGCGAUAUCAAAGUUGUUACAGCGGACUGGGUCGCCGCCGUUCGCUCCUCCUGGCUCUUAGGCGGGGACACCGAUUUGCAUGCUCUUGAAGAAGAGUAUCGGGUGCCAACAUUUGCAGGACUGUCUAUAUGCAUCACCGGCUUCGAAGACUUGGAUUUCAGAAAUCAUUUACAGAAAACUAUCACCUCCAAUGGCGGCAAAUUUUGCCGAGAUCUUACCAAAACCGCAACCCAUCUGAUUGCGCGUGCUGUCGAAGGACAGAAGUACAAAUUUGCAGUGCUGUGGGGUAUCAAGGCUGUAAGCUUAAAGUGGCUAGAGGAUAGCUUGAGCAGAGGAAUGAUACUUGAAGAAACUCUCUAUGACCCAUUACUGCCGGCGGAAAAACACGGCAUUGGUGCAUGGAACUCUGCACCUUCCUUGCAGGUGCAGAAACGAUCUAAACCGGCAGAGAAUGGAUCCCGGCGUCCUCGAAAGCUCCGGCGAGUAGCAAGUGUAAAAUUAACUGACCAGAACGAAGGUAUCUGGACGGACAUUGUGGGAAACAUUACUAGUGGUGCCAGUGAAAAUGAAUUUUUAGAUGACCGGCAUGGUUCGACAUCACACCUCAGCUUCCGGUCGGUAAUUCAGGAAGAGAAAUCAUUCGCGAGCGAGACGACCCUCUCUGGACGAAGAGAUGGUACCCGUGAUACCGUUGCCAAAAUUGUUCCUGUUCCUCAGAAAUCUCGAGGAAUUUGGUAUAACUCGAAAAUUUUUAUAUCCGGUUUUAAUGCGAAACAGAUUUCGAUACUGGAAAAUCACCUUAUAUCUCGUGAUGCCGUGCUUGUUCGGUCAAGAAACGAGCUUUCCGAUAAAGAUGAGAGGGAAUAUAGAUAUAUUCUUAUCCCCUACAACACACCCCCCUCGGAGAUUCCAUCGGCCACGAGUUCGAAUGAUGAUGUUCAAAUUGUCACUGACAUGUGGGUUGAAAAAUGCCUUCACAGCAACGCGUUUCUACCUCCCGAGGCCCAUACAACUAGCACACCGAUCCCUCGAUUCCCAAUACCAGCAUUCGAAAAUUUAACAAUAUGCUCUACUGGGUUCACUGGCAUUGACCUUUUACAUUUAUGCAAACUUGUUCGGCUUCUAGGGGCUGUAUACGACGAAUAUUUCACAUCCAAAGCAUCAGUCCUAAUAUGCAAUACGCCCCACCCGAAUAAAGACAAACUGAGACACGCCAGCCAGUGGAACGUCCCUGCUGUUCUUUCCGACUGGCUCUGGAUAUCUGUUCAAACUGGGGACAAAAAGCCCUUCGAGCCAUAUUUAUUACCAGAUUGGCGGCGCUCAAGUUCAAAAUCACAGACUGCUGGGAACCAGACUACUCAUAAUGAAUCCGAUGAACUACUUGCUCAAGAUCUCUCAGCAGAUCAAGCCGGCAACCAAGACUCUUAUCAACCCCGCAUUACCCCAUCGAAUGAUACUCCUGAGAUCACUGACUUGCCAGGGAAAACCAAGACGCCCUCUCCCACCCUUGCUGCCCCUAAAAUCAGCGACGAGCAGGCUAAGUCCGCACCAGCAAACCCAUUAGAUGUGGCCAUUAGCGAGCUUCUCAAACAAAAACGAAAUCGUGUGAAACCUACCACGGAUCAAGAGAAAAGCACGACUCUUCCUCCACGACGUAGACGAUUGUUUGGCCGGGCAAAUUCAAACUCGUCAACACUUGGUGUUAAGGAACCGGGGCAGGUAAAAAUGUCUCGGGCCUCGUCCAUUGACACAUUGAACGAAGAUGGAUAUGGUAGUGUCGUAGAUUUGUUAUCCAGCCCAUCUGGAAAAGGCCAAAGCAGAGAAGCUCAGAGUUUUGUUUCAGAGGGUAGUCUUGAUGAGGCCGAGCAAAAACUAAAAGACAGACUCAACCUCUUUCGAAAAGGACAUACACAUGAAUUUGUAGCGGAGAAGUUCCAGUUUCAAGAUGCAGAAACACCACCGAUGACGCAGCUGGGAUACGAGGACCCCGAUGCUCUGGCCAUGAGAGAAAAAUUCACCCGGAAAGCACAGGAGAUGAAUGCUGUAGAAGAAUCUGGCCAAGACACGAAAAAGGGGCAUAAUAAACGACGCAGUGGUGGGAAUCUUGUCAUUGGGACUUUGCAGGACAGCAAUACUAUACCAGGCGGGAGGCGCACAAGGUCGAAGGCGCAUGAUUUUUUAUGA